UUAGCGCAGUCCCAGUGUGUGCAUUGUUCCAUUGCUGGAAGUCAAGUCAUUAUUUCGUCAGCUAUUCUCCAUGCCAAACUUUUAAAGCUCUGGUCUGCAACUGAAACAGGUUUCCCUGAGCUCUAACAAAGAUGUCCACCAUGGUGUAUCCACGGGAAGAGAAGCUCGAGAAGCUCUCCCAAGAAGAGAUCAUUUCCAACACCAAAUUGGUAAUCCAGGGUCUAGAGGCUCUGAAGAAUGAGCACAACUCCAUCCUCCACAGUCUCCUGGAGACAAUCAAGUGCCUGAAAAAGGACGAAGAAGCCAACUUGGUGCAUGAGAAGUCCAACCUCCUGCGCAAGUCAGUGGAGAUGAUUGAGCUUGGACUUGGUGAAGCACAGGUAAUGAUGGCCCUCUCCAAUCAUCUGAAUGCAGUGGAGUCCGAGAAGCAGAAGCUGCGUGCACAGGUGAGAAGGCUUUGCCAGGAAAACCAGUGGCUGCGGGACGAGUUGGCUAACACCCAACAGAAGCUGCAAAAGAGCGAGCAGAACGUCGCCCAGCUUGAGGAAGAGAAGAAACAUCUGGAGUUCAUGAACCAGCUCAAGAAAUAUGAUGAGGAAGCCUCUCCUACUCAGGAUGAAAAAGAUAAAGAAACACCAAAGGACUCUCUUGACGAUCUUUUCCCUAAUGAUGAGGAGGAGCAUGGCCAAGGAAUGCAGCAUCAACACAACAGCGCAGCUGUGGCUGCGGCCCAGCAGGGAGGCUACGAGAUCCCGGCUCGCCUGAGAACACUGCACAACCUGGUAAUCCAGUAUGCUUCUCAGGGCAGGUAUGAGGUAGCUGUGCCUCUCUGCAAGCAAGCUUUGGAGGACCUGGAGAAAACCUCUGGACAUGACCACCCUGAUGUGGCUACCAUGCUCAACAUCUUGGCCUUAGUUUACAGGGAUCAGAACAAAUACAAAGAAGCAGCCCACCUUCUCAACGAUGCUCUGUCCAUUCGGGAGAAAACGCUGGGGAAAGACCACCCUGCUGUUGCAGCAACAUUGAACAACCUGGCUGUCUUGUAUGGAAAGAGAGGGAAGUACAAGGAGGCCGAGCCCCUGUGCAAGAGGGCUCUGGAGAUCCGAGAGAAGGUCCUGGGGAAAGACCAUCCAGAUGUGGCCAAACAGCUGAACAACCUGGCCCUGCUGUGUCAGAACCAGGGCAAGUAUGAGGAGGUGGAGUACUACUACUGCCGGGCACUGGAAAUCUACGAAUGUAGGCUGGGCCCAGAUGAUCCUAAUGUGGCCAAAACCAAGAACAACCUGGCGUCCUGCUUUCUUAAACAAGGAAAAUACAAGGAGGCUGAGAUUCUGUAUAAAGAGAUUCUGACUCGUGCUCAUGAGAAAGAGUUUGGAUCUGUUGAUGCUGAAAACAAGCCCAUCUGGAUGCACGCUGAGGAACGAGAGGAGAUGAGCAAGGGCAAACAGAGAGACAACACGCCAUAUGGAGAGUAUGGAGGCUGGUAUAAAGCCUGCAAAGUCAACAGCCCCACAGUAAACACCACACUGAGGAACUUGGGGGCUCUGUACCGCCGCCAGGGCAAGCUGGAAGCUGCAGAGACCCUAGAGGAGUGUGCUGUGAGAUCCCGCAAACAGAGCAACGCAGGCAUUGACCCCAUCCACCAGACACGCGUGGUUGAGAUUCUGAAGGAUGCAGAUGGCGACCGGCGAAGGAGCAGGGAGAGCCUUAACAGCGUUAAGUAUGAGAGCGGCUCUGAAACUGGCGAGGAAGUGAGUAUGGGCGUGGAGUGGAACGGGGCCUAAGCCAUCAAGAUUAUUCCUCCAUCCCUCUCUCCUUCCCCUCAACCAAUAGCUAAAGGAUGUGUGUUGUCGCUCCCCCCAAGCUCUUCUCCAGCGCCCCCCUCCCCAGAAGAGAAAGCCUCUCUCCCCUCCCUCGGCUGUCACAUCAGUCCACUGUCCAACUGAGAGCUGCCGGGACGUUUGGUCUUCUCAUCUCCGCUUCUCCUGGUUUCCUGUCUUCCUCUGGCAUUUUCUCUAGCUUUUCCUGUGACUAAUCCCGCGUGGGGAAAUUUUCACCUGAUUCGCUCACUGAGCAUUUACGUACGUGUGUUUGUGUAUGUAUGUAUUUGUGUGUGUUUGUGUGAUCUCUCCCUCCUUGCCCUCAGUUUCCUCUUCCCAUCAACUUGCUUUGUCAUAUCACACUUAUGCACAAUUCAUUUUGCGGGAAAUAAAUGUAGAAACAUCUGUUCAGAGACAAAAAUAGAAAUGGGGGCAUAGCAGAAAGCAUCAUGUCUGCAUCGCGUGUCGCCCACUUUUAUUUUAUUUAAGUGGAUAAAUCUUAUAUUUAGCAACAUAUCUUUUUUUAUGCAGCUAUUUUUGUGUUUAAUGUGAACUAAUCUCAAGAGAUCAAAUGCCUAAACGAUUAUGGUACUGUAUAAUUUCACAUGCUCAUAUGAAAAUAUAUCAUGUUGAUAGCUAAGUUGGCCACAACAAAAAGGGACUCUGUUUUUUUUAAAUAAAAAAAGAGCUUAUUUCAUUUUAUAUGAUUUGUUUACAUUUUUAUUUGUUUUUACAUUCUUCUUGGCUUAAUAUUAAGGCAGUAGAAUUUAAAUAUGCGCACUCUUGCGAAUAUCCCACUCUGACAUAAAACAGAUAACAAACCUGUUUCCAUGGUAAUUCAUUCUGUGGUUGCUAUUCUUGUCUUCGGUGUCCUUGCUCUUUCUUGCACUGUUCUUUGUGUGACACAUGAACAUACAAGGUUGCACUUGCAAAGCGGUUUGAAAAACAAAAGCUGCAUGAUGUUGUAAAUUGUGGCAGCAGAGACCAACAUGAGCAUUUGACACAGAUUAGAAAUGUUAACUAUGAUCAUAAAUCUGUGUUUAUACACUUUGCCUUCAUUAUUGUUAUUUUUCAAGCGAAGGCCGUGACUCACCCACAGUAGUGUUCCAGUAUUGUUAUGAUGGUACAGCAUCUACAUCGUUAGUGAAACGUGGUUUUUGCUCCACCUAAAGUAAAAGUAGUUUUUCAUCUACAACAUCGACUACAGUUACUUGACUUGUUCUACUAACUGAAUGUACAGCAGUUUUUCAUCUACAACAUCCACUACAGUUACUUUACACGUUCUACUAACUGAAUGUACAAUUUGAACACCUUUAGAAGUGUCAUCGUUGGCUGUACUUGUAGUGCAUUAACUCUGCAGCUUUUCACUGAUCUACUUGCCUUGAUUCUUCAUUCCUUUCAUUAAGUGUGUCUAUACCUCUGCUUUACCUUUCAGCUAUAGAACUGACCCUGUGCAUCACGUCAUAAUAACAAUAAUGUGUUAGUGGAAUGCGUAUUUAUUGAACUGUCUACUCUUUACACACACACAUAUAUAUAU